AUGGCUCUAGAAGUUAUCGACUAUCAGCGCUUGCUGGAACGUGACGACAAUGAGAUCAAGAGGCUGGUCAGCAUUUGUUCUACCGCCGGGCUGUUCUUCUUGGACCUGAGAGGACAAGAGAGCGAAUCCCUGCUGGCAGACCUGCAGCCCAUCAUUGAUGCUCAGCGCAACUUCUUUGGGCAGAAGCCCGAGAUGAAGAUGCCGUAUGCGAGUCCGCUCGACGGUCGAGGAUACGACAGUUUUGACGACAUCUUUGUGCAGAGACUCAAGCUGUCGCGCGAGGAGCAGGUUCAGGGCUGUCUUGCCCUGCCCAAAGACCUGCAAGCAGUCGAGGCAAAAGUCAGCAACGUGUCGUCCAGAAUCGACGCCAUUCUCCGUCACCUCUCCAUGCUGCUAUGCCAAAACUUGGACCCCCCUGUUGCGACCAAAGUUGUGGACGAUCCCAACAGCACCGGCCUGAGCAACUUGUGCCUGGGCAUAUCGGCUGCAAAAGCUGGGACGCCGGUCAUGGGUGAACAUUUGGACGAGGACCUCCUGACUCUCACCUUUUACGACGAGCCGUUCCUGGAGGUGCUGGACAGGCAGACGCAGACGUGGAAGCUCGUUGAUGUGCUGGAGCAUUUGCCGAUUGUGAAUGUCGGCGAUAGAUUUCAGGGGUUUUCGGAUGGGCGGCUGCAUGCGCCUCUGCAUCGAGUGAAGCAGACGCCGAACGAGAUUGAUCUCAUCAUGUAUGACUUGGACGCAAGCGUACAGCAGGUGUGCUGA